UUGAUGACAGAAGGGAAGAAAGAAGUAUUCCUCGUAUAGUUCCUAUGCCUGCAUCAAUGCGAGGCGUGCAAAUUGAAAAAUCUGUAGGAAUAAAAUCCGAUGGUAUUCGUCCUCAACAGUCAGAAAGUCAAUCACCUUAUCCUCGUUCCUUGGCUGAAUAUUGUAUUUUUGUAAACCCAACGCCACCAUCUUGUCUCCGUCAAUCUUCUUCAACCUGGAAUGGAUCUUUUCAGUAUUCUCCGCCAAUAAGAUCAAUAAGUUAUGUUAUACCCCCUACUAUUGCACAUGGGUCAAAACCUCAUAGUAUUUCUGAAUCAAUGAAUCAGCUCUGUUCUGGUGUGAGUGGGGAAUAUCAGAAGAAAGUGGGAGAAGUUGAGUCAUUAAAGCAAUCGCAACAACAACAGAAACCUCAAUUUAUACAAAUUAGCCAACAAAGACCAAUAAUAAGUGAUUCACGCAUUUUUGGGACUUCUCCAAAUUCAUCAUCAAUAAUAGAACCAUAUGGACAUAGUUUCUCACUUCAAAAUGUUAUGCAUUCUAUUCGACAUCGAGGUAAUUCAAUGUCGAGUGCAAUUCCACAAACAACUGUCGGUGAUACAUCUUCAUCAGUAGAGCAAUUAACAACAUCGUCAACGUUUCAUAAACAAUCAAUUGACGAAAAUUUAUUUUUAGGGCUAGCAGCGGUUAUGCCUGAACAGGUGUUUAAUUCAACUGUUCUAAUAUACGAUGCUUCGACACUUCUUCCGAUUUCACAGCCACUGCUCGGUGAUAAUCCUUCAGAAAUUUGUCGCCAUAAUUUUGAACAAGUACUUAAAUAUGGUUGUGGGCGUUCUGAUUUAUUAGCACUGUGGCAAUUUCUUGAGCAAUUAAUUUCUUAUUCAAAACCUUUCUCUUCAAUACAAAGUGGUGAUAGUAAAAAAUCUAUUCAUCUGCAAUUUGGCCGUCUUUACAAAAUCGAGUCUGCGAAAAUUUUGCGCGCUGCUAGAUCAGUUGAAUUAACAGAAAUUCCAUGGAAUUCACACCCAUUGGGAAGAGAAUUAAUAAAUAGAUUAUUAGAACAUUACGUCUCUAAAUCUGAUUUGCAAACAGCCGCAGUUAUUAUUUGCUUGUUUAAUAUCACAAAAAAUAACAACGUCCCCAGGAGUAAAAUUCGUAGAAGAUCAACAACUUGGACAGACACUACUAAAAUUGGAAUUAUUAAGCAAAGCAAGACAACUGAAGAUAACAAUAUUAAUAUUAGACCAACAACAAAAACAAUUUCAACGUCCUCUUCUUCAGCUGCAUUAUAUAUGCAACAAAAUAUUUCAUCUAUGCCAAUUACUACUAUAUCAGAACAUAAUGUUACAGCAAUAAUUCCACAACAUCUUAACCGUAAAACUUCUGCGGCAUCAAAUACAGCUUUCUCAGCAAAUGCUCCUCUUGAUCAAUUUUACACGACUAGAGGGGGGCAAUUUACACGACUAGAGGGAGGCAUAGCAUCUGCAAAGCCAGCAAUUACUACAACCGUUGACCGUUUAUCUCCCUCCCCUGAAUACUUGUAUUCCUCUCCAAAACCAAAAACAACUUAUACUUUACCUGCAAGGAAAGAAAGGAAUAAUAAUUUAUUGUCUUUGGAUCCAACACUUUCUCAUCGGUUUAAUGAAGUUAAACGUAUAUAUGCUGAUAUUCUUUAUCGAUGGCGAAUGUAUAAAAAAUGUGCUGAAGUUCUUAAACAUUGUGAUAGUGCUAAAAACAAUGAGUCAAUUGAAAUAAUAAAAACUCUAACUUGGUGUCACUUUUGUGGACAACAAAGAAGAGGAGAUUCUUUUUGUUGCAUAAAGGGACGGAGAACAUCAUCGAUUGGUAUCGUCACAACUUGUGUAACUUGUAGCCAUGGUGGAUAUUUAACACAUUUGGCAACAUGGUUUGAUACACAAUCACAAUGUCCACUCGGCUGCGGAUGUGAAUUUGGCUACUCAACUUGCCAUUGGUGUCAUGUUAUGGAGCAUGAAUCUUUUGAAGAUGUUGAAAUUGCCAAUAUUUUGAAUGAAAAUUUUGUUAGUGUUAAAGUCGAUAGAGAAGAGCGUCCGGAUGUUGAUAAACUUUAUAUGACUUUCGUUCAGAGUUUAACUGGCGGUGGCGGAUGGCCAAUGAGUGUUUUCCUUACACCAGAACUUGAACCUAUAUAUGGCGGGACUUAUUUUCCACCUCGCGACUCUUUUGGCCGUCUUGGAUUUUCCUCUGUUUUAACAAUGAUUACCGAUAAGUGGAAGAUUAAUAAUGUUCAAAUGCGUAUUGAAGGACAGCAAGUUGCUGAGUCAAUACGUAAUGCCUUGAAACCUACAACAACAAUUAAAGAUGGACAAAAACAAAACUUUCCAAAUUCUGUUUCUACUUUAAAUGCUUGUUUUGAAUGGCUCUCCAAACGGUUUGACUCCACUUUUGGUGGUUUUGGUUCUGCUCCGAAAUUCCCUAAAACUGUUGAUUUGGACUUUUUACUAAAUUUCUAUGUAGUUAGAAAACCUUCAGUUGAAGCGGAUAAAGCAUUAAAUAUGUUAAAAUUGACUUUUGAAAAAAUGUUUGAGGGUGGAAUACACGAUCAUGUUGGAAAGAAAAUGCUAUAUGACCAAGGCCAAUUAUUGCGUUCUUUCAGUAAUUUUUGUAAAACUUGCCCUUCAGAUAAAGAGUUGGCAACCGAUGCAAUAAUUGAUAUAGCAAAAUAUUUAAAUACAAAUUUAUCACAUCCAGUUUGCUUCUACAGUGCCGAAGACGCUGAUUCUUUACCUGAAGAAGGAUCUAAAAAGAAACGUGAAGGGGCCUUUUGUGUUUGGACAAAAACUGAAGUGGAAAGAGUCUUAGGUGAUAGACCUGCGAGGCAUAAUGAAAAUGUUUGUCUUGAUGAAAUUGUUUGUGCUGCUUUUGGUAUUCGAGAUGAAGGAAAUGUGCCGUCUUCUGCUGAUCCAUAUGAUGAAUUGAAAUUACAAAAUAUUCUUCAUCUCGUUUCUCGUCCUCAACUUGAGGAAAUUUCAAAAGAACAUAAAAUGUCUCUUUCUGAACUUUGUGAAUGUAUUGAAGAUUCGAAACGUUUUCUAGCUGAAGAACGUGCUAAAAGACCAAAACCACAUUUAGAUAAUAAAUUGGUUACUGCUUGGAAUGCUCUAGCAAUUUCUGGAUUUUGUGCUGCUGCAACAAUUAUCGAUGAACAAAACAAGGAAUAUAGAGAACGAGCAGAAAAUGCUGUUAAAUUUAUAAGAGAACAUUUAUACAAAGAGGAAAGUGGAGAACUUUUACGUUCUGUUUAUGUUGAUGAAAGUGGAAAUAUUGUUCAGAGUUCCUCUCCAAUUAUGGCAUUUUCCGAUGACUAUGCUUUUUUAAUUGAAGCUCUAAUUGAUCUUUAUUCACUCAAUUUUGAUGAAAAUUUAAUAAAAUGGGCAGAACAAUUACAAAACAAAAUGGAUAUACUCUUUUUUGAUUCAACAAAUAAUUCUGGUUAUUUUACCUCUCGUUCUGGGGAUCAAUCAAUAUUUGCACGUAUUGUUGAUGAACAGGAUGGAGCUGAACCAUGUUCAACAUCUAUAGCUAUUUCUAAUCUUUUACGCCUUUCUUCUUUGCUUGAUUCUAAAGAAUUUAAACAACGUGCAGAGUCUGUUUUUCUCUCAAAUACUUGGACAGAACGUUUAACUAAAUUUCCUUUUGUUGUUCCUAAACUUUUACUUCCUUUAUAUUCACUGACUAAUCCACAAUUUCAGUUUAUCAUUGUGGGGGACAUAAAUGAUUUGACAACUCAAAAAAUGCUGCAAACAAUUCAACAAAAAUAUUUGUCAAUGGCUACAAUUAUAUUUCUUGAUGCUAACAAAAUUAAAUUAAAUGGAAAUAAUUCUUUUCUUUUACAAAAGAAUUCACAUUUAAAAGAUUAUAUUGAAAGUUAUAAAAUUGGAGGGCCUCCAACAAUAUUUUUAUGUCAAGCAGAAUCAUGUGAAAUGCCUUUAAAUUCUUUGGAAGAAUUACAAAAAAGAUUGGCUAAAUUAUAA